AUGAAAUGUGUUCAAGAGCAACCCACUGUUCGACUCAUGAAUGCUGUUCAUGGAGAAGUACUUAUGCCCGUAGUAGGAUUAGGCACGGGAGGUUAUGGGCAACCUGAUGGUUCAGGUGGUGAGUAUUGGGGAUCUGAACAAGGCCAUAAUGCUACUGUUGCAUGGUUAAAAAUGGGUGGUCGACGUAUCGAUACCUCCGAUGAUUACGCUUCACGAGAUGGCAUUGGUACCGGAUGGAUAGCUAGUGGUGUACCUCGCUCUGAAAUAUUCAUCACAUCGAAGGUAAAUCCUUCUGGUUAUGAUCAAGCACUGGAAGAGUUCGCUAGUAUUCUUAAAUCCUUACAAACCGACUACAUCGAUCUCCUUCUUAUUCAUUGGCCUGGUGUAUUACCGGGCACAUCUAAUGAAACAAGUCGUCCUUGCAAGCAAGAACAAUCAACAUGGACCGAGUACCGUAUACAAACAUGGCGAGCAUUAGAAACAAUAUUUCAACAGAAACGAGUUCGUGCCAUUGGUGUAAGCAACUAUGAAGUAAACCAUUUAUUAGAAAUUUUCAAUUUAAAUUCUACUAUUCCCAGUGUUAAUCAAUUAUUCACCACUCGGUGUCCUGAUCAUGCUGUAACACUCGAUCCUACAUGGAAUCCUAUACCAGAUCUACGUACGAAUCCCAGUCUUAUUGCAAUUGCAAAGAAGCAUAGCAAGACGCCUGUUCAAGUAGUACUUCGUUGGCAUUGGCAGCAAGGAAUAGUGAUUAAUCCACGUACUCGUGAUCCUAGUCAAAUGAUGGAAAAUAUGUCCAUAUUUGAUUUCGAACUGGAUAAUCAAGAUAUGAUGGCUCUCUCUUAUUUGAAUCAUCCAAUGAGCAAGGUGUGUGGUGAUCCAAGACUUAUUUUAUAA